GCGGUCCGCACUGCACACCGUCGUGCCCAUCCGCGGCUUACCGACAGGAGCAUGCUUAGGUGCAAUCCCACUUGCUUGCAUUCUACCUUGUGCUCUCACCCUUCUUUCUCUUUUUCUUAUUUCCUGCUCCGCAUCUCGCGCCUAGUGUCUAAAUUUGCACGGAUUUAAUAGGCAGAUAAGGACCAGAGAAGGGUCUCCCGCUCUAUGAUGGCCACCUUGUAUGGAUUUAUCUCUCAUCUUGAGCACACCAGCUUGGCUUGGCCACGAGGCGCCACCCUCUCCUUUGGUUUCGGACGAACCGUUGACAUGCCGCGUGCGAUCAUUCCUCUGCUCUCGGCCUUCGGCACUCGCGCGCUGCGCCCGGUAUUCGUAAUGUGCUCCCCAAGCUUCAUCAUGCUUUCUCUUGCGCCACAUUCUUUCCACCUCUCCCCCUCCUCUAUUUUACACUUCUUUCAUUCCGAGGAUAAUACUGGCAGUACCCAUGCUAUCGAACCCGCGGGCACCAUGUCAGUCUUCCGCAAAAAGGAAGAAAGAAAUGGGAGGAAAUUGGGGGAGCCAGCCCCGGUCGCCCAUGGCUGUUCCCGAUUUAAGGUGGCUUCGAAUUGGAUGGAAAUUCCAAAAUCUCCAACUCCCGCCCGCAGAGGAAACAUGCCGUAUACAGUGUCCACGAUGUUCAUCUUAUACCUGCCUAACCCCUAAUGACUCCUUCCUCUCCGACGCCCCUCCAGUCAUCAUCCAACUACCACGACCAGUAGGGUCCAUAGGGUACCCGCCCUAGAUUCUAGCUGAUUCCUAUCAACGGAGCCUGAGGCUUCGACCCGGGGGUGGAUGGUGGACUUUUUGCUCACAUGUGCGAGCAUUGCCGAUCUGCCGUGAGGACUUAGUCUCGUCAUAGAAAUAGAAAAUGCAUUGCUAGGUAUCAGAAUGGUUAUUUUCACUUUCAGCUCCUUGUUUGGGUCACUUAUUCGCCGCUCCCCCAUCUCACCCCUAUAUGGAACAGUGACAAUUGUCACUGAUAAAUUGCCUCUUGGUUCCCGACCCCCCGGGAAGAUUUUGUCCACCAUUUCACUCCCCCGGAUGUUUCAGGAGCACAUUCAGGAGGCGAACAGAAACCCUAACUUACCACGACCUCUGCUUAUAAUAGCUACUACUGAGUAAGCGGGGAAAAGAUAUCGUGCAGCACUGCAGCCGGGCUCCACCUCCUCUACCUUUUGGACGACGCAUUUUGCCCUCCUGUGUAGGAGUGUCAGACCGGGGUCGGGCACACACAAACCUACACGGGAAACCUACGAUCUGGCCCCACCCCUUGAACCUGGAGCUUAACAAUCAUGCUGGAGUUGAUCUCUUCCCCGGAUAAAAUGCCAUGACCGGCAUCCCACUGUUGAUAUAGAAAGGUGGCGGUGUCAUCAUCCUUCUGCCCCCAUGCUUGUCGCUCUAGCU